GGGCUAGAGGAAAUAUAUCAGUGAGGAAAUAGAGUCCGUCACAAGCGAAGAGCAGGUUCCCAAAUUAUCCCUCUGCUACGUUUCCUCGGAGGACCUGCGGCUGUCGGCACCGUGGAAAUCUCAUAAAGCGUCAUAAAAUGGGGAAUUUGCCGCUGUCAAUAAGCCUUUUUAGGACUGGUGCAAACAAGUCUGAACAAUGCAGUGGAGGAAGGUUUAUAACCAGGAAGAUAUGCAAAGGCAUAACUCAUUAUUACACUCCGGUCCCAGAGGCAGAAGGCCAGACAUUGUGUUCUGCCAAAAACUUCCCCAGUGCCCUUUCGCCAAGCUCAUCCCAUCCACAUCCAGCUCACCCUGCUGCUGACACUUCCUCCUCUCCUUUGCUUUCUAACACACUCCCACACACACCCCUAUCCUCCCAAAACACACACCAGUCAGAUUCAGCGCCCAACACCCGUCCACUUCUCCUUUUCCUCUCCUGGCUUGGUGCCCAGCCGGGGGCGGUGGCCAAGUACACGGAUAUGUAUCUGGAGAGUGGCAUGGAUGUCCUCUUGGUCCAGAGCAGUGCAUCACACUUCCUGUGGCCUCCAUGGGGGCUUGAUUAUGGCUUGCAGGUUUUGAAGGUGCUGGAGGAGCCUCAGUUCUCAGGGAGGCCUGUGCUGGUCUACGCCUCCUCCAUCGGUGGCUACACUUUCACCCAGUUACUCAUCCAUAUCACCCAGAGACCGAAAGAACACGCAGACCUCUCUCAGAGGGUGAUAGGGCACAUAUAUGACAGCUUGGUGGUUGGCACUCUGGAGCACAUGGCAAUAGGCCUCGGCAAGACUCUGUUGCCAAGUUUUGAGGGCUUGGUCAAAAACAUCGCCUUGUUUUAUUUCUGGCUCUUCAAAACCCAAACAGCAGACUUCUACGACAACAGCGUCCGAGUUUUCCACAACAGCCCCAUUACUGCGCCGGCCCUGUUCUUCUUCUGUGAAAAUGAUGCCCUGUGUGACCCAGUUGCCAUGGAAAAGACUAUUGACCUCUGGAGAAAGAGGGGCGUGGCUGUGGAGAGCAGGAAGUGGAAGGAGUCGAUACAUGCAGCUCACAUGCGAUGCCACCGGGAAGAGUAUCUCUCUAUGCUGGAACGAUUCUUGAACUCGCUGCCUGUUUCCUUGCUCAAAGCCAAAAUGUGAACUGUUGGGGGGAGGGAGGGGAGGAAGGAAAAGUUUGGUUUGACUGCAUUUUAAAAUGUUUUAUGUAAGUAAGUUAUUUCAAAGAGAAGGCACUUUAAUGGCUUCGCCUUGCAGCUUAUUCAUUAUUUUUGUGAGUAAGGACGUUUUUCUCCUUAUAAGCAUUCUCAAGUAUUUGACUUUUCUUGUUUCAAUUUUGACCAAGGUUACGCUUUAAGUGAUAUGCAGUAUUUAACAACAUUUAUUUGGAGUUUAUUGUCAAAUAAUGCUUGCUUAUGAAUGAACAGCUGUUACACUUGUUACCAGAGAUUUGGUUUCUGCACAGAAUGUGAAAUAAAACAUUCACACAAGA